AGCAAAGCCAACCUCACAGUCCUCAGCUCAACUUGAAACCACUCCCACCAGCGGCCACGGCAUUGAUGGAUCUUUCACCAGCCACCGCGGGUGCCUAUGGCGGAAAGGCGGCCGACGCGUACCGGAAGGCGCUCAGCUCAGCGGCCUCGGCCGCCGCGUACGCCGUGCUGGCGCGGAGCAUGGCGCGUGAGCUCCUCCCGGACGAGCUGCGCGCCGCGGUGCGCUGGGCCGCGUCCGUGCUCCGCGCGCGCCUCGGCUGGGGCGCCAAGGAGCGGCGAACGCUCGUCAUCCGAAUCCAGACCGGCGGCGGCGGUCGCGAGGAGAAUCUUCUCUUCGACGCGGCGCGGACGUACCUGUCCUGCAGGCUCGACCCUCGCGCCAUGCGCUGUCUCGAGCUCACGCUGUCCGCGACCAGGGACGAUGGCGGCCUCAGAAGCUGGACGAAGCGCCUCUUCAUUGAGCCCGGGGACUCCACCGUCGAUGUCUUCGACGGCGUCGAUGUCUUCGACGGCGUCGAGUUCCUGUGGUCGUCCGUCAAGAAGACUAACGGAGGCGGAGGAGGAAACAACAAGUCCAAGAACGGGGAAUCCGGCUCCGCCGAGUUCCUGCUCAAGCUCAGCUUCGACGCCAAGCACACGGACAUGGCCAUGGAGAGGUACGUGCCCUUCGUCAUGGGGGCGGCCGAGGAGACGAGGCUGCGGGAGCGUUCGCUCAUGAUCUGCAUGAACGAGGGCCGAACAUGGUUCAGGCUGCACCACCAUCACCCCGCCAUGUUCGACACGCUCGCCAUGGACCCGGUGCUCAAGCAGUCCAUCGUCGCCGACCUCGACCUGUUCGCCAACAGGCGGGACCACUACCGGCGGAUUGGCAAGGCGUGGAAGCGCGGGUACCUUCUCUACGGCCCGCCCGGCACCGUCAAGUCCAGCCUGGUGGCCGCCAUGGCCAAUCACCUCCGCUACAACAUCUACGACCUCGACCUCAGCCACGUGCAAAACACGACGCUGCAGUGGCUGCUCGUCACCAUGUCCGACAAGUCCAUCCUUGUCAUCGAGGACAUCGACUGCUGCUGCGAUGCCAUGUUAAGGGAGGUGGACAGCAAGGAGAGGAAGACGCCGGCGCGGGCUUGCAAAGAAGACGGCGGCGGCUCAUCAGAAACUUCGGACGGUACGCCGUCGCCCAAGCGCAAAUCGGAGAUCACGCUUUCGGGGCUGCUCAACUUCAUCGACGGGCUGUGGUCGACCAGUGGCGAGGAACGCAUCAUCGUCUUCACCACCAAUUACAAGGACCGGCUCGACCCGGCGCUGCUGCGGCCGGGGCGCAUGGACAUGCACGUCUACAUGGGCUACUGCUGCUGGGAGGCAUUCAAGACUCUGGCCCGGAACUACUUCCUCGUCGACGACCACCCCCUUUUCCCGGAGAUACAGGAACUGCUUACGGCGGUGCAGGUGACUCCGGCCGAGGUGUCCGAGAUGCUGCUGAGGACCAAUGAGCCUGACGUCGUGCUCCGGGGUCUCACGGAGUUCCUCAUAGAGAAGAAGCAGUGACAGAGCAAGAUGGAGGAAGUGCAUGAAGAGAACUAAGCAGGGAGAGGGAAGUAACUCGAUUACAGCGCACAUCAAGAACUAGCUUGCUAGUCUAGGAAUUAGCCGAUCUAACGAGUACAUUUGUUUUGCAAAUGUCUCGUGGUUGCAUUAUCACAUUGCUGCAGGAUUAUUAUUACUACUCUGAAUGUGUAGCAUCAUUUGUGCACAUGCUCUUUAGAUCGAUCUUUGAUCAAUGUUAUGCUUGCACUCUCUACUGAUGCAUAGCUUCUUUUUCUGGACCGCUGGAUGCAUAGCUUGAUGCGUGAUUUAGUUCUUUUUAGUUGGGAGGAAGAAGCUGUUUGAUUUUACGAGCCUUGGCCCAAUAAAUCUUGUAUCUCAGUCUAAUAUUUUCUUUAAAUCUCAAAGACCAUUCGACUUGUA